AUUUGGAGAAUUUUUAAGUUGUAUAAAAAUUUUCAUCAAAUUAUAACAAAAUUGAAAGUUAAAAAUUUUUUGUAAUUAUUUCUCUCGGAAAAUGACUAACUGGUCCUCGAGAAAACGUUUUGAAAAUAAUCCUUAUCCGUUUCAUACUAAAAAGAAGCGUAAAAAAUUCUAUUGUAAUUCGGAUUAUCCAGCGGAAAACAAAGAAAAUUUUAUAAACUUUUUAAAUCUAAAAACAAAUCAAAAAGAUAAAACCUCUCAGUAUUUAUAUGCAGAUCCUUGGUUUUUAAAAGAGGCCACCGAGAAACAAACUAACAGAUUAAAAGGAGGCGGUGUAGGACUAAGUGAGCAACAGGACAUUUUUUACGAUUGCGAAUGUGAGCCCGAACCUCAAUUGCAAAUAUUUGAGAUUAUAAAUGAAAUUAAAAAUCCUAGAGAAUUUAAAAGUCUGCUCAAACAAAUGGCUUAUACCUCGAAUAUCUUGUAUCGUACCUUUCGUCAGGCUUAUAGUAAAACAAGAAAAUGUAAUCAGAAUUUACGGGAAACUAGUUUUAAGCAAAUGGCUUGUGGUGAUAUGAAUCCUUUGGAAAUCGUAAAUAUAGAAAUACCUCAUAGUAAGCAGAAGCAUUUGGAAGUGGAAAGAUAUGAUUCAAUAAAAAAAGUUAAACGUGAAAAGAACAAGUCAUCAAGACCACGAAAUUAUACUGAGGAACAGCAACAGCAGCAACUGGGAUCUGUAUGUCCUGGCUGCCAGGAUAAAGAAAAUAUGUGUGACAUAUGUUUAAACGCUAAACAACCGGAAAUUGUUCUAUGUUGUAGCCAAAGUUCCCAAAAAUCUGAGCAUAUAAAGGAAGUUAAUAAAAUUGAGGAGGCUCACAAAGGCACUAUCAAACAGGAAUGUGAUUUCACUAACUGGUUUCCGGAAAGUUCUCCCUGUUUAGUAGAAACCAAUGCUUGUCAGCAAUACGAUAAAGAUCUACAACAUUUAGACUUUUGCGAAAGAUGCGCAGUAUUGAGAGGAGAAAAGCCUUGGCCAUCUAAUAAGCCAACAGACGACGAAGCAAAAGUUUGCGAAAAAUCUUCACAAACUUGUCAGAAAGUAAAAUGCUGCAAACCCGAAACUUGUGCCUCAAAACCCUUAAGACAAGUCCAGCAAACAGCUAAACAAGUUCUAAAUUUAAAUCCAGUAUGCGUCACCAUACCUUUGAAAUUGCAAAUUGAUUCACAAAAUUGUCAAUCACGUUUCAUAGAAACGGAAAUCAUAAUGGAAGCAUCCUCGGGACAACAAAGUAAAACACAAAAUGUACAGCAACCUAUAAGAACUCUAGUUCCAAUAUGUCCUUCUACAAGUGCACCAGUAUACCACCAAACUCCAGCUAUAACUACCAAUAAACUUCAGCAGAAAAAUGGCAGUGAUCUCUUUUACUCUUGUAUUUCCAAUUCGGGCAUUAUAAAACCCAAUGAAACGAUGCCAAUUGGUGGGGAAAGUUCUUUAAAUGAAGUGCUAAAUAUUAUAAAGAAACGCAUGCCAAGUGCAGAAGAAAUACCUGCCCCGUUAUCCAAGACCAUAGGUACCCGAAUGUCACAACCAGCCAGUGUUAUAACCACCACAAUGACCGAGCCAAAAGAGCCCAACAGUAGAGUUGAUUUUACACAAACUGAACAAGUUGCAGCAUCAAUAACUCCUCAGCUAGAUGCUAAAUUAAAAGCUCAAAAACUUAGAGCCGAUCUUUUGGGAGAAGUCAGAGCUGCCCUAGAACAAACUACACCUGUAGCGGCUCUUAGAGCAUUAAUGGAAGGUAAACGUUUUUCAUUGCCCACCUCGGAUAUGAGACCUAAAGAAUCUUCCAAUAUAAAAACACCAGCAAGACAUAGUAUGCCUAGUAACUAUGCGGAUUUAGCAACUACAAAUGCACCUUUACAACCUAUAAAGCCAUUAACAGCUCCUAUCCAAAAACCUGCUCUUGCUCCCAAACCCUUACAAACAACUAAACCCUCAAGCUUUGUAACCGAAACUGUACAAACAGAUGCUUCCGCCAUUAAAGCAUCCGGUCACUAUAAACGUAAUGAAAUGCGCAAUGAAAUCCAAGAGGAAUUAAAAGAACUUUUAGAACCCAAUCCCUUAAAAGCGAAAACAAAAUAUGACCCCGAAGAAAGAGAUGAAAUUUUGCUAGAUCUUUAUAAACUCUUUCAUCCGGAUAGUGCAGGACGUUUGCCUAAACAAAUUAGUCGAGAAAAUGCCUUACAAGAUAUUAGUUAUCUUGUUAAACCGGAAUCACCUUUAACCGAUGCCACCUCACCUAAAACUAGUGAUUCCCAAGAAAGUAUUAUACAAAGCAUCAAACAUAUUCUAAAUCCUAAAAGCCAACAAAAAUCAAAGAAAAAGAAAUACGAUAAAGAGACUAAAGAGAAAAUUUUAGAAGAUUUACAAAUUAUUCUAACACCACGUCAAAAGAAACCGGAAAUUAAAAAAGAAAUACGAAACAGUGUUUUAGAAGAUUUACGUUUUAUGUUGGAUACUGGCCUAGAAAGUACUUCCCCUCACAGACCCCCUAGGUUGUCACAAUUGCAAACAACUACUACAGCAGAUACCGGUCCAAGUUCCUCUCGAGCUCAGGAUAUAAAACAACAACAAAAGCCACAAAAACCUCCCAAUGCUAUAAGAGAUAGUCUAAUAGCUGAUCUUAGGUAUUUACUAGAUACUACACAUCCUAACCAACCUAUUCAAAGCAAUACUUUGGAAGAGAAUGUAGCCUCAACGAGACCAGCAGUUAGAAAACCUCCCGGUGUACCAGCAAAGCCUAAAAAAUCGAAUAGCAUAAUAUCUUCCGAGGUUUCUGUACACGAUAAUGAUAAAGGCAGAGAUAAACAUAAGUAGGUAGAGCCAAAAGUGACAACUAGUGGAAAUAAAGUUACAAAAUCAUCUUCCUCCGAUACAUUUUUCUUUGAAAUGCAAGAUCAAUAUCCAAGAAGUUCACAGCAAAAGAACAAAUAAGAAUGUCGUUGUAAAAUUUUUAACAUGAAUUAAUAAAUGUUUUAUCUAAAAGAUA